GCAAACUUCAGCUCAAGCCAUGCACAUCCUUCACGAUCAGAUAAGCAAUUAAGUUGAACACACUAAAACAUCUUUCCUUCGCUAUUCUGAAAAGCUCAAUCAUGGCAAGUGUACUUUCUGCGGUCUCAGCUCCUGUUAGAAGGCUUGAGGGUAAAGUGGCGAUUAUAACUGGUGGUGCAAGUGGCAUAGGUGCGGCCAUAGCGAGACUCUUCUCUAAGCACGGAGCACACGUUCUGAUAGCUGAUAUUCAAGAUGAUUUGGGUCUUUCUGUUUCUAAAGACUUGGAAAGCGCUUCCUAUGUCCACUGCGACGUGAGAAUCGAAAAGGAAGUCGAAAACGCUGUGAACACAGCGGUUUCCAAGUAUGGAAAACUAGAUAUCAUGCUUAAUAACACUGGAAUAAUUGAUGAUUUCAAACCAAGCAUAGUUGACAACAACAAGUCUGAUUUUGAGCGAGUGAUAAGUACGAACUUGGUUGGUGCUUUUCUGGGAACAAAGCACGCUGCAAGGGUCAUGAUCCCUGCUAAAAGGGGCUGCAUAAUUAACACUGCUAGUGUUGCUGGAUGCAUAGGUGGAGGGGCUACACAUGCCUACACAUGUUCAAAGCAUGCCCUAGUGGGACUGAUGAAAAACACUGCGGUGGAGCUUGGACAAUUUGGUAUUCGGGUGAAUUGCUUGUCCCCUUAUGUUGUUGCCACACCGUUGACUAAGAAAUAUUACAAUAUUGAUGAAGAUCGAAUUGGCGAGAUUUAUUCCAACCUUAAAGGUGUUCAUCUUGUGCCUAACGAUGUGGCUGAAGCUGCUCUUUACUUGGCAGGUGAUGAGUCAAAGUAUGUUAGUGGUCACAAUCUUGUGCUAGAUGGAGGAUACACCGAUGUAAAUGCAGGAUAUUCUGUGUUCGGGCAAUCUGAGUAAAUAAUGUUGGUGUUUGAA